AUGGGAAGUACUUGUUGCCAUAAAUAACUUCAGGUAAACUAGUCUUAGGAGUUAGUAUUUGAUAGCAAUAACAUUUCUAUCAUUAAGAAGUCUAAUCAUAAGGAGGAAAGUCUAAAUGAACCUCCUUUAAAGUUACCGUCAUAGAGUGUUUCCAUUCCAUAAGUAUACGAAGAAGUUGUGGUGUUAAGUUAGCUGAAAAUUCCAAUACAAAAUGUGAAAGGAGCCGUGGUGGAGGAGAAUAUAUUGAAAGAUUCGAAGGAGUCUUAGGAGCCCCUAUAAUAAUAAGAUGAAAUAGAGGAAAAAAAGGAGGAUCAUGCAGAGCAAAAGGAUAGAGUGGAUUUCAAUCAGUUUGAGAAAAUAGUUAAAGCAGAAAAAUUGGAGAUUUAAAAUGAAGCUUAGUAAAAGCAGUAAUAAGAUACAGGAACAAGAAAGUCUCCAGCACUCUCUACAAAAACAGUACCUCGGGAUCCUAUUGAUCAUAGUCCCAGCAGAAAAUAGAGUAUGGCUUCAGUAGGGUCAGUUUCUGUAAAAAUUGGAGUAGAAUUAUUCGUAAAUUUAAAAAAACAAUCAAUAACUAAAGUUUACACUCUCGGUUAGGUUUUAGGUUAAGGUGCAUUUGGUAAGGUUUGGAAAGUAACACAUAAAACCACAGGUUUAAUUAGAGCAAUGAAACAAAUUCGAAAGUCAGAAUUAAUCAAGGAAGAUGAGUAAAAAAUGUUUUCAGAGAUGAACCUGCUAAAAAAUUUGUAUCAUCCCAAUAUUGUUAAACUAUAUGAAUUGUACCAAGAUUCUAAUAAUUAUUACUUGAUAACUGAAUAUUUAAGUGGUGGGGAGCUGUUUGAAAGAAUUAAGAAGAUGAAUCAAUUUACUGAGAAAAGAGCUAGUGAUUUGAUGAGACAAAUAUUGAUGGCCAUUGUGUAUUGUCACGAAAAGAAAAUUGUUCAUAGAGAUUUGAAGCCAGAGAAUAUUCUGUUCUCAGGCACAGAGCCUGAUGCAUUACUCAAGAUUAUUGACUUCGGAUGCUCUAGAAGAUUUAAUUCCUAAAAGAACAUGACCAAAAGGUUAGGGACUCCAUAUUACAUUGCACCUGAAGUCUUAAAUCAUAAUUAUAAUGAGAAAUGUGAUGUAUGGUCGUGUGGGGUCAUUUUAUAUAUUUUAUUGUGCGGAUAUCCUCCAUUCACGGGAAAAAAUGAGAAUGAAAUAUUUGAGAAGGUCAAAACAGGUAAAUUCAAAUUCCCAAUUGAGGAAUGGGAUUCAAUAAGCAGAGAAGCAAAGAGUUUAAUUCAAAGAAUGCUUUAAGUAGAUGUGGCUUCAAGAUAUUCAGCAUCACAAGCUUUAAGUGACCCUUGGAUUUCGAAACACUCGCCAGAUACCCAAAUAAAUAAAAAAGUUCUAGAGAAUUUGGGUUAAUUCCAAGCCAAAAGUGAAUUUAAAGCUGCAAUUGUGUAGUAUAUAAUUAGUCAAAUGACUACCAAUAAAGAAUUAGAAGAUCUUUAGAAAUCAUUUCAAUCUUUGGAUAAGAAUAAAGAUGGAGUUUUAAGUAAAGCAGAAUUAGUAGAAGGAUACACCAAAGUACUUAAGAAUAAAGAAUAAGCUGAAGAAUAUGUUGAAAAGAUUAUUUCUAAGAUUGAUAAGAAUUAAUCAGGAGUAAUAGAAUUUAAUGAAUUUUUAAUGGCUGCCAUUAAUGAGGAGAAGAUCCUUUCGAUUAAAAAGAUAGAGUAGGCAUUCAAAAUUUUCGAUUCGGAUGGAGAUGGCUUUAUCAGCAGGUAGGAAAUAGAAGAAGUUAUGGGAGAAUUGAAUGCUGAUGUUUGGAAUCUAUUUCUAAAUGAAACAGAUGGAAACAACGAUGGGAAAAUAUCUUAUGAGGAAUUCUCAAAAUUGAUACUGAAUAAAUGA